AUUUCGUUUAUCGCUUACAAUAGAUAAAAAUCAAAAUAGUUUACUUGACAUUUUGACUUUCAAAACAGUGUUUUGCAAGUAUAUGCCAUGUUGUUAUCUCGAUAUACACUUAGUUGAAGCUUCAUUUAAAAAUGGCCACAACGAGAGAACAAACCAAGCAUUAACAAUUCUGUUUCAAGCAAUCCAGGUGUUUCCCGAUUAUUUAUAUUAUUUGACAGCCGACUGUAUAGAAUAAACCUCCUUUACUUUAUCUCAGAACGUGCAGUAAAUCUAAAGAAACGUAACACUCAUCAUCUAUCAAAUGUCAUCGACGACGACGUCAACCGUCAGGGUCCUGGACGGCGGCUUCUCCGGACAGCUGUCACGUCACGUGGGAGCGAAGAUCGACGGCGAUCCAUUGUGGACGGCGCGAUUCCUCGCGACCGAUCCUGAAGCUGUGUAUUCUACGCACCUGGACUUCCUGCGUGCCGGCGCCAAUGUCAUCGAGACCAACACUUAUCAGGCAUCCGUGCCCGGCUUGAUGAAGAAUCUGAAUAUGAGCGAACGCGAGAGCCUGGAUCUACUUGCCAAGGCCGUGGGCCUGGCCAAAAAGGCCGUGGAUGUUUAUACUCAAGAAACGGAUAAGACUGAGAAACCACAUGACACAAAUCCUGUAGUGGCUGGCUCCUGCGGUCCUUACGGUGCUUAUCUGCACGAUUACUCCGAGUAUUCUGGUUCCUAUGGGAAGUCGGUGUCUAGACAGGAGCUGAUCGACUGGCACAGACCACGGUUUCAAGCUUUACUGAACGCUGGUGUAGAGAUCCUAGCUCUGGAAACUAUACCCUGCGUGGAGGAAGCAGAAGCUCUGCUAGAACUGCUGCGAGAAUUUCCGCACGCUCGUGCCUGGGUGUCAUUCUCCUGUCGAGAUGGUCAGCUGUUGGCAGACGGCAGCGUCUUCCAGGAAAUAGCUGUGCGAUGUUACCAAGCCUUGCCAUCGCAGAUCCUUGCGGUUGGUGUUAACUGCAUCGAUCCGAGUUACGUGACUCCCUUGCUAAAGGGAAUCAACGGGAGUGCAUCGUCGGAGGCUUUCGUUCCUCUGAUAGUGUACCCUAACAGAGGCGGUAGCUGUUCCGAGACCGGCAACUGGACCACAGUUCCGGAUGAUCAUUCCUUGAAUCUACCUGUAUCAGAAUGGUUGGACAUGGGAGUUCGUUACAUCGGCGGUUGCUGCAAGAUCUUCGCGGAAGAUAUAAAAGCGAUUCGAUCGGAGGUCAACCAGUAUUGCGCAAAAAUCACGUAAUUCCUCUUUUAACCGCUGAUGCAAUGAUCUCCCCGAAAUGAUGCGCACUUUUAGAUAUUAAAUCACUAUGAUUGUACUAUGAUGAAAGAUAAGCGCGUGUUUAUCAUUAACUGCGAGUUUAAAAACAUUGAAGCUGAUGUAAAGUAAUUGUAUAUUGUAUGUAUGAUCAUUGUAAUAUGAAAAGUAGUGUGAUUGUGAUUAUUGAUGCAAUUGCAUUAUCAUCCGUUUAUAAAAAAUGGACAUAAGUAAUCGA